AUGAGUGAUUAUGUUUUAAAAUCAAUUAUAUCAGAAAUUCUGUCUGCUGGAAUAUUUAGCAUUCUUAUUGAUGAAACACAAGAUUUAAGUCGACAUGAGCAAGUCUCUGUGUUCAUAAGGUUUGUACAUAAUUUAGAGCCAAAAGAAGUGUUUUUGGGAUUUUACCGUACAAACUCAACAGAUGGAGAAUCUCUUGUUGACUUAAUUAAAGAAGUGUUGAAACUUAACAGACUAAAAAUUGAAAACAUAAGAGGACAGUGCUACGAUGGCGCUGCAUCAAUGCGUGGGGCCUAUAAAGGCGUUCAAGCCAGAAUUAGGAAAGAAAAUAGCUUAGCAGUUUAUGUACAUUGCUAUGCUCAUAUCUUGAAUUUAUAUCUUGUAGACUUAGCAAAACAAAUAGCUUGUGUUCGAAAUAUGUUUGGUACAUUAAGAACAUUAUAUAGUUUUAUAGGAGCAUCUUCUAAAAGGUUUUCUGUUUUUGAACAAAUGUUGAGUUCUGAUGCAGGACCUAAAACACUCAAAACAUUAUGUGAUACACGCUGGAGUUGCCGUUAUGAAGCCUUAAGAUCAGUGUUCCAUAAUUUAACUGCUGUAAUAGAUACAUUGGCUGAAAUAGCAGAAAGUGAUCGAGAAUUUGGAUCUGAUGCUGCUGCUCUAUUGAAAAGCAUACAGACAUUUGAAUUUAUAUUUUCUCUAAUUUUACUGGAAGAUGUAUUUUUAAAGACAAAUGUCCUAUCCAAAUAUUUGCAAUCAACAACAUUCAAUUAUGGUUUAGUAAGUCAAAUGGUUAAAGAAACUAUAAAAAGUUUUGAAGAAUUAAGGACAGAUGAAAAUUUUCAGAAAGUAUGGGAUAAGGCUACUAUUAUCUCAGAAAAUAAUGGUUUUAGUAAACCUAAUUUACCACGAAUAAAAUCAGUUCCAUUAAAAUUAGGUGGUGGUAAAAAACAAACAUUACAGACUGUUCAAGACCAUUUCCGUAUAAAUGUAUUUUAUGGAAUUAUAGAUACAGUAAUAAUGUGUAUGAACAGUAAAUUUAAGGAAAACGAUUUAAGUUUAUUGAAUUCUAUGAAUAAUGUCUUAUUUAAUGAGAGUCCUAGUACUCAGUCAAUAGAGGAAGUUUGUCAUACUUACAAAACUGGAUUCCCAAGUUAUACAAAUAUAUUAAUAAUUUUUUUAACCAUUCCAACAAAUACUGCAUCUAAUGAACGCAGUUUCUCAGCUCUGCGGCGAUUAAAAACAUACUUAAGAGUCACAAAGAACCAAGAACGAUUAAGCAGUUUAGCAGUCUUAUAUAUACAAAAAGAAUAUCCGAUAGAUUAUGACAAUAUAAUUGACAAAUUUGAUGCUGAGGCUUCAAUAAGAGGCCGCCGUUUAACAUUGAAGUAG